ACUCUGCUGCCAUGGGGCUUCUUGCCUGUUUUCCCACAAUUCUAAAGUUUCCUGUUUGAUUUGGUCACAGACUUAACUCAUCUCAGUAGAGCCCAGACCUGCCCCAGCCAUUCAGGACUCCCUAAUUGCCUGUGUGUGCACCAGCAGCUGAGCAAGGGCUGUGUUCAUCAAACAACCCAGGAGUUACAUGUUUGCUUAAGGACCAGGAGCUUUUGCUGUGCCACCUCUUGCUCACAGGUGUAUUUAUAGACCCAGCCAAGCUGUGGAUUAUUUCCAGGCUGUGCUGCUGCUGCAACCAGGGCUGAUUACACAGAUUCUGCCUUGUCCCUGUUUGUGUUUAUGAACAGCAGGCUCUGCUGGGCUGCUCGAAGAGCAUAAGGGCCAAUGCAGUGGUUGCACAUAAAGUGAAUUUUCCCCACCCCCUUGAUUGUCCUGUAGGGACACCUUUGCAGUGCCCUGUGUGGAAGGAGCAGAGGCUCUAGGCAGGGUGGAGGGCUGCUGGGGUAGAACACAGUGCAAGCAGCUAGGCUGGCUUGGUAAGGCUCGGCUUAGUCACUUCCUUUGGGGAGUGGGGAGGAUGCACCUCCUGUGUGGGAGCCCCACCUGAGCCUCCUCGUGCUGGAGCGAAUUUUGAGGUGCUCUCUGCUUACCAGGAAUGGUCCUCGUGGGCUGGGGGUGCUGGGCUGGUUGGUCACAGACACGGCAGUGAGCACGGGCUUUGCUCUGUCCGAGAAGAGCCGGGAAGGGCUGAGAGCUGCUGCAGGAGACAAAACCGCACCCAGCAAAGCCUGGGGCACAAACCAUGGGGAUGCUCCCAUCUCAGAGCUGCUCCUGGAACCCUCGCAGCGCUCACUUGGAGAACCUCAGCCUACUUUCAGCACCUCCCCACGCUGCUGGGAAGCCGGGCUCGGGAGAAAAUCGCCAUCGAUGUGACCCCGUGGUGUCCCUUGUCACGAGCUGUCCGUCGCCUUCGAAGGGAUGCCCCUGGUGUCUGACGCGAUGCUGUCUGUGGCUCGUCAUUCGGAUUCCCCGGCUCGGCGAGUCCUUACUCAUCCCCUUGUUUGGAGGAGGGAUUUCGUGAGCCCCUGGCCGAGCCCCGUGAGGAUAUUUCUGGGCUGAUGGAGCAGCAGAGCGGGAGCUGUGGAUGACAGGGGCUGGCAGAGGCGUGCCCGAGCGGGGCUGGCUGCUCCCGUCCUGCCGCGGAGCCAGAGGCACCUGUACCGAGGCGUGUCAGGAAACCCGAUGCCUCACCUCUGCCAAUGUGGAGGCGGAGGGAGGAGGGCCCAAAGACAUGUCCCUUCACGCUCGCAACAGCUGAAAACAGAGAAGGAAACUCGCUAGAGCCUUUUUCAGCAGCGCAGGAAGCCUCCCUGUCCCGCUCUCACCCCAGAAGCCCUCCCGUACUCCACUACUCUGGGGGGGUGGCUGUCCCGCACCCGUCGGGCGAUGAACAUCGCAAGGAGAAGAGGCUUUUACAGACAGGAGGUGAACAACACGCUCUGGGAGCUGCCCAGGAGAUACACAUCCCUGCACCCGCUGGGCUCCGGGGCCUACGGCUCCGUCUGUUCAGCCAUAGACAAGAAGACGGGGGAGAAAGUGGCCAUCAAGAAGCUGUGCCGCCCCUUCCAGUCAGAGAUCUUUGCCAAGAGAGCCUACAGAGAGCUGAUGCUGCUGAAGCACAUGCAGCAUGAGAAUGUCAUUGGGCUGCUUGAUGUCUUCACCUCCACUGCCUCCUACCAGGGGUUCCAGGACUUCUACCUGGUGAUGCCAUACAUGCGGACAGAUUUACAAAAGAUCAUGGGACAUGAAUUCAGUGAUGAAAAGAUCCAGUACCUGGUCUACCAAAUGCUGAAAGGGCUGAAGUAUAUUCACUCAGCUGGCAUCGUCCACAGGGACCUGAAGCCAAGUAACCUGGCUGUGAAUGAAGACUGCCAGCUGAAGAUCUUGGAUUUUGGCUUGGCCAGGCAGGCUGAUGCUGAGAUGACUGGCUACGUGGUCACACGGUGGUACAGAGCCCCAGAGGUCAUCCUCAACUGGAUGCAUUACAACCAGACAGUGGAUAUCUGGUCUAUUGGCUGUAUCAUGGCAGAAAUGCUGACUGGGAAAACACUCUUUAAAGGAAAAGACUACCUGGAUCAACUAACCCAGAUCCUGAAGGUAACAGGGCAUCCAGGAGAGGACUUCUUGGAGAAGCUGGAGGACAAAGCGGCAAAGAGUUAUAUCAAGUCCCUUCCUAAAAUCCCCAAGAAGGAUUUGUCUGUGCUUUUCCCUAAAGCAAAUCCUCAGGCUGUGGACCUGCUUGACAAGAUGCUGCAGCUGGAUGUGGAAAAGCGCCUUACAGCAACAGAGGCCUUGGCUCACCCCUACUUCGACCAGUUCCGAGAUAUUGAGGAGGAGACAGAGGCACAACACUCCUAUGAUGAUUCUCUGGAACAUGAAAAGCUUUCCAUAGAGGAGUGGAAAAAGCACAUUUACAAGGAGAUCUUGACCUUCAGUCCCAUUGCACGGAAGGAUUCAAAGAAGAGAAGUGGGAUGUCAUUAUAGCCAUGGGUGCAGCUGUGGCUGGGACUCAGUUCUCCCUGGUGACAUCAGAUUCAUUCCACACUGCGUUGCUGGUGGCCAACUUUUGGCCUGUGGGACCUCUCUCUAUGUGCCAACACAAGGAUGACACGGUGCUGUGGGCAUUGGACUUUGUUCUUCUAAAGGGGAAGCACCCCAGACAGUUUUCAACAUAAAAAACAAAUAUAUUCUUGUUGAAACUUUAAGUGAGAGAAUUUUACCUCAUGUUUCCUUUUAUUUUUUUCCUGUAUUUGUCCACUUGAGAGAGGAGGUGUUUCAUUCUUUCUCAUUAGUCUUUUCAAGCACAGAGUUUAGUACAUUAAUUAUGGAUGUGGUAAAGAAAAAGGUAAAAUUGACUAGGAAGUGAGUCCUAAGCAAAAGGAUCAGAAAUACUGAAUUUCAGCAUAACAAGACCUUAAGCAAUCUCACUCUGGCUGUGUCCUGCUUCCCUGAGCAGUCACAGAGCACCCAGCAGAGCAAAGCUGCUGGGAGAGUGUCAGCUCCAGGGCACCAAGGGAUCAGCUACAAACUCAUCCUCUCAUAUUAUACUGCUCAGCUGCUUCCCCUCCAAAGAGCCACUGCCUCUUUUUAUUUUUGUUUUUCCCCUGUUUAUUUAAUUCCCUGGGAUUUGAUCAGUGCUGUCUCCUCCUCACUGCAGGCAGCAAACACAGCCUGGGAAUUCGAAGCCACUUCCCACAGUGACAGACUGGGAGUCCCAAGCAGCUGGACAAGUGACUUUGAAUAUGGAGCUGCAGGACAUUUUCCAGCCUGUGCUGAAACUGGAGUAUCUGCAGAUCCACAGCUUAUCAAUACAGUCACUUGAUAGCACAGGCACAGCUGCUCGUUGUGAUAACACCUUUGACUGCAACACCUUCCCUAGGGUGAUCAGGCAAGCUCAGCCAAUCAUUCCAAAGUCCAUCCCAAGGGAUAUGUGCCAAGAGCCAAGGGCCUUCUCUGUAUCAGAGCUCAGAGCACAGAGUCCCCAGGACUAGAGAAAAGUAUUUGACCUCAGUUAUAUUUGAUCCCUCUUCUAUAGCUGCUGACUUAUUUUGGUUUGGUUUAGCCAGGUUGGUUGUUUUCAGUACUCUCUAAUUUUCUUCUUAAGCAAUGUUCAGUUCUGCUGUACAGAUCAUAAGUAAGAAAAAACUGCAACAUUUCCAGAAUUUUCUGAUCUCUUUUCUCCACUGGGAACUGGACAGUGAUGUCAUGUUGCUUGGCUGCCUCCCUGCUGCAGCUCAUGGCAUGCAGCACUGGGGAUAACCCUGCAGCGACUGCAGCUUUUUGAUAGGAUGGUGUUGAUGUUUGCCUGCUGUAGCUGCACAGAUGGUCCAUGAUGAUAAGAUGAGGUUUCUUUUGGCUCAUAUCUGUCUGGGUCAUGUACAAGGCCUCUGCCCCACUCCUCUUUUUGGUAGGGACAGCGAGCACAGAACUGUUGUGAUGUGUCCUCAAUUCCGUGGAAAUUCAAUGUUCUCUUAUGCAGAAAGUCAUCUCUAAAGUCAAAGGCAUCUGUUAAGGCCAGAUUCAGACAGAACUCAUGAACCACUAAAUGGGAAUGCAGGGUAUUUCUUAUCAUCUUGUCCUCCUUCAAAAGGGGAUAGGUAGACCUGAAGAGUCUUCUGUCUCAGUAAUGAUGGCUGAAGGAGAAAACAUCUUCACAAUAAAGGAAUGUACUGAGCAGUCUGCUGGGAGUUGAAAAGGGACUUGGAUAGUUGUAAAGAGUAAUUUAAAAUGCCCUUUGUGAAUUGUCUGAGCAGAGGACAAGCAUGAAGAGGCACUGGGGACAUGGGAUACAAAUAGGUGUGAGAAGAAUUCUGCAAACGUCAGCCUCACUUGUUUUAGGGACAGCACAUAAAGGCUCUUCAGCAUCAAUCUUUCUGCUGAAUGCACACCCAGUUUCAGGGACUGGGUUUCUGGGUUUCUUGGUAGGUUUACACUUACCCUGAAUGCUCUGAAAUUGCAAGAGCAAUACCAACAGCUGCUGUGUGGGCUCCAUGCUCUGGUUUCAUUCAUUCACCCACCAACCCCAUACACUGACAGAACUCUGUGCAACAGGAUUACCCAAUACCCCAACAAAUGUGGGGAGCAGGUGCUCUGUAAGCCCAGAACCCUGGAGGUGUAUGUAUAUUUGGUUUUUUGUGGUAUGUAUCAUCCAAGAACUCAAAAUAGACAGUAGGAAAUGUAGCAGGUUGGUAGUGGAAGGAGUAUCUGUACAGACCAACCAUCCCAGUGCUGCUGUGGCAUCUGAGGACGUGUUUCAAUGAACAGCAAGGAGAAGGGAGAGGUGGGGGGAAAUUCUAUUGACAUUUCCUGAAAGAAGUUUGAAAAACACCUGCUUGACAGAGCCAGUGACUCAGGCCAAGGCUGGAAUCCUUCAAAAUCAGCACCAGAACUGAGAGGGGGUGUGUGACCCUGACAGACACUCUGAGAGAAAAAAAGACAAGAAAGAUUGAAUGAAGACCAGAAUAGCCACUACUGAUUUGCUUUCCCCCCAAAAGGGUGGACACUCGCUGCACUAAUUGUGCUUAUCAUGGAAUCAUUCAGCUUGGAAAAGGUCAUUAAGAUCAUGGAGUCCAAAUCUACACUGAAAAUGUCACAGUUUCCAGGUGAAUGUGGUUUAGGGGAUGUUUUGCCUGAUUUCUCUCUACAAGGCCAUUUCCUGAGCACAUGAGCUUACACAGCUUUUAAUGUGAUGUUCAGCUGGUGCUGGCUCACAGCUGAUUCAGCCAGCUCUCCUUUUUUUUGUUGGAAUGCACUCCAUUAAAUAAUACUGAAGGGUUAGGAUAUUUGCAACCCUCAUUGAUUUGCUGUUACAUGAAAGUGAGUUAACUUCUUUUAGCCAGGUUUGGCUGGAAAAAUAAAAAUUCUCCUGCCAUAAACCAUCAUUUCAGAUCUGUCUUAAGAACAUGCCAACCAAAAAAAAAAAAAAAGCUGUAAAAUUAGAAGACAUUGAGAUUAAAAAAAUAAGGAGCACUGAUGAGGUAGUGCUGGGUGCUUGUGUAACCCCUCUGAUGUGAGGCUGAAGAGGGUUAUAAAUAGAUAAGUAAAAUUCCAGUGAAAAUACAUGGCAACUGAGGCUUAUCACUUUUGAGAUAUCAGGUUUUAACCUUUCAUGCACAAGGCACCUGUUUAGCAAUUGCUCUGAUUUCAGCAGUUCUGAAGAAAACAGCAGCAGAACAAACAGCCAAAGAGAGAUACAAACAUAAGUCAGUUUUGAGGCUUAAUAAAUCAACAAAGAAAAAGGUCAGCUCUCAAUUCUAAACAAUACUUCUCUUCCCUUUUUAGAUGGUGAUAUUAUGCAAUACUCUGCGCAGAGUGGGAGGUGGAACACACAUAUGCUCAAGUAUGUGGCAUGCUCUAUAAAAAGUAAGUGUGGGAGCCUCUGCAAUUCCUAUCUCAAUUCUUAUCUCAGUUGCUAACUCAACUUCUUCCUUGUUCAAUCCCCUCAAUCCCUCUCUUGCUUGUCCCUCCAGCCUGUCACACCUCUGCACGUGAAGAGGCCAUCUGGACCUGAAAUAUUGGCCUACAAAAUAAAUACAGGCUCUUGCUAUUUACAUGGUUUGUUUCAUGUUGCUUGUUUAGACUAACUGUGGCAGGCAAAGGUUCUCUGGGAGUGUAGUUGGACUCUGGCACCUGACCACGCUUCAGGGUGUUUCCUGGGACCCCACGCCUCCUGC